GGUCGUGGUUGGCUGCAGCCCGUAAAGGUUGAACUCAUUUUUUUUCUAGCUUUAGUGUCUGUGGCUCCGUAAUUAAUUGUAGCUAGCUGUCUCUUAUCGACGCGUUUUUCAAGGAACAUGAAAUAGUUUGUUGGGCCGUGUUUGUGUGAGUGUGUGUGUGUAUGUGUGUGUGCGCGCGCGGUGUUUCUGGGCUGAUUUCCCCCCUUUCCCCCUGUCGAAAGGAGUUGCCGGCGUUUAGGAGAUUUUGAGGUCCAACUGUGCAGCUGGUUGUUGCUGUUCUACCUUUUUUGCGUGUGAUGUUGGAUAUGGGAGACCGGAAAGAAGUGAAGAUGAUUCCCAAAUCGUCGUUCAGUAUAAACAGUCUGGUUCCCGAAGCCGUCCUGAGCGAUAACCACCACAGGGCUGCUGGACCCGAGGAGGAGGAGAAGGUGCCCCUGUCCGGAGCGCAGGACUCCAAGUCGGAGAGCGCCUGUGCUAAAAGUGAGAGCACAGACUCGACGUGCGCGGACGAGAAGGAGAAGCAGGAAGAAAAGAAGGACUCGAAGGAGGGCGAAGGGGGCGGCAAAGACAGCGAGAAGAAGAACGGCAAGUACGAGAAACCGCCGUUCAGCUACAACGCGCUCAUCAUGAUGGCCAUCCGGCAGAGUCCGGAGAAGCGGCUCACGCUCAACGGCAUCUACGAGUUCAUCAUGAAGAACUUUCCGUACUACCGAGAGAACAAGCAGGGCUGGCAGAACUCCAUUCGCCACAAUCUGAGCCUCAACAAAUGUUUCGUUAAAGUUCCUCGGCAUUACGACGACCCGGGCAAGGGCAACUACUGGAUGCUCGACCCGUCCAGCGACGACGUGUUCAUCGGCGGGACGACAGGAAAGCUUCGCCGAAGGUCAACCACGUCCCGGGCCAAGCUGGCGUUCAAGCGGGGUGCGCGCCUCACGUCCACCGGCCUGACGUUCAUGGACCGAGCCGGCUCUCUCUACUGGCCCAUGUCUCCCUUCCUCUCCCUGCACCACCCAAGGGCGAGCAGCGCGCUCAGCUACAACGGCACGUCGUCCCCGUACCCCAGUCACCCCAUGUCCUACAGCACCAUGCUGACCCAGAACAGCCUGAGCAACAACCACUCGUUCCCGGCUUCCAACGGCCUGAGUGUGGACAGACUCGUAAACGGGGAGUUGCCGUACGCCACGCAUCACCUCACGGCGGCCGCCUUGGCCGCCUCUGUACCUUGCGGGCUUUCCGUGCCCUGCUCUGGGACGUACUCACUCAAUCCGUGCUCCGUGAACCUGCUGGCUGGACAGACCGGCUACUUCUUUCCACACGUCCCGCACCCGUCCAUGAGCUCGCAGUCCAGUGGGGCCAUGAGCUCUCGGGCCGCCUCGUCCUCAUCGCCCCAAGCGGGCUCAUCUCUACCCUGUGACUCUUUACGGCCUUCUCUCCCCAGUUUCUCAUCGGGACUGUCCUCGGGACUCUCUGACUACUUCACACAUCAAAACCAAGGGUCAACGUCAAACCCACUUAUACACUAACUAAACAUCCACAGGAAGCAGACUGUAAGUGAACAUUCUGCACCCAUUCACACUGUAAUAUAUAUAUAUAUAUAUAUAUAUAUAUAUAUAUGAAAAAGGAAAAAAAAAAUACUGGGAGAGAAAGGAACAUGCAAGCAGCCGAACUCCAGGUAUUUUGUAUUAAAUUCUUCAAUUCUCCUCCUUUAUUUCUGUACACGAACGUCAAGUGUCGAGGAACUGUUUUUUUAUGAUUUACACUGUCAGCAACGUGCAAUGUGACAAGAUUUAAAAAAAGAGGGUAAAGAGUAGCGCUUUUUUUCAACGGCAGUACAAAUUUUACAUUAGAAUGUGUAUUUAAAUAGUGGUUGCAGAUUUGUCUAAUUUUAAAUGUAAAAAAAAAUCUAAACCAUCCCAUGGACACCACCAGUCCUCAUGUUUGCAGUAUUAUCACGUAUCAUGAGCGCACUGGUGGAGUGUGAUUUUUCAAAUUAACACAAAACUAUUUUGUUUCUUUCUUUUUUUAAAUAAAUGUGCUCUAUAAGUGCAGAAUACCCGUUCCGAUCCAUGGCUCCUUGUUAUUUUGUCAGUUUCAUAGAUAUUAUUAAUGGAGUUAAUGCACUCACAAUGCGUUCUUUUAUGCAUUUUAAAAAGUACAAUUUCUUUAUAGACCAAAGAAUGGGUAUCAAAUACAUUUGUUUCAGUAUUCACCAUCAGAAAAUCAGACGGUUUUGAAGGGAACAGACUGAAUGCUUUUAGCUUGUGUUUUGCAAAAUUAGGCUCCUGUGUGUGGUCACCACCAGGUCCCAUUUCUUUCUUUUUUUGUAAUUAAUGAAAUGUCAAUUCCUGUUGUAAUUAUAGGUUAACUUUGCGAAGUGUAACCGUGUUGAGUAAAUGCCUCAUAAAAAUAUUGAGUGAAUGUUUAUGUCGUCUUUAAAUUCCAUGGUUGUGAUUUUGUGGUCUUAUGCCCGUGUUUGUCGCUUAAACUGUUAACCGAACAAAAUAAAAAUAAUAGGUUUAUGUUCAUUGA